AUGGAUCAAGCUAAGAAUAAAAUUUCAGAAUGUGUUAUAUAUUCCAUGUUAAGACGAAUAAGUGCAUUGUGGAUGAAAAUGGAGAUGCUGAUGAAGAGCAUUGGAAGGCAAUUUAUUUGUUGUUGUGUGCUUUUGCAUGUUCUUGUUGCUUGUGGUGAGAGUCUAGAAGCACCAGAACUUAAGCAGAAAAACUGCACCUAUGUGAUAACGAUAGAAACCACAUGCACAUGGGGAGCUGAAACCUCAAACCUUGUGAGUCUGAGGUUUGGUGACACAAACUCAAAUGGCAUAGUGGUAAGGCACCUAAACGCGAAGCACUUAAGGAAAGUUGAUCCAUUGGAUCCUGGGGUUCUUGAUGACAUGCCUAGGAAACCAUUCCAAGCAUGCAUGGUGGACCAGUUUGAGGUGACAGCACCAUGUGUUGAGUCCCCCAUUUGUUACUUGUACCUCAAGCUCAUUGGAAACGAUGAUUGGAGACCAGGUUUUGCUCAGAUUCAGGUGCUUGAAGGCUCUCAUCUAAGCUCUGAUUACUUCUAUUUCAGGAGAUUUAUGCCCAGACAUGUGUGGCAUGGCUCUGAUGUGUGUGACAGUGAGGUUACACCUUUUGGACUCAAGAAGAAGAGAAAGGUUUAUGUCAACAUUCCAUGA